GGGUCCCCUUCCCCGCUCCGCCUCAUGGCCGUGACAGGGAAAUGCCGGCCCUCGGGUGCGGAGAGAAGGAGCGUUAAUGACUAAAGCACAAGGACAGCGCUACAUGUCUGGGAAAUGAGAACAGUCGGCACAUGCUCAGAGGCACUCCUGGCGUGGCACCACGGCUGAUCUCGAGCGGCCGAAACAGGUUCCGAGACUUGCCACGCUAGAACUGCCACCCCCCCCUUUCCCCGGCGAUACACAAACACACACUUUUUGAGGCUGCUCCUUUAACACCCGGCCCACUCGGGGCUGCCGCCGCCGCUUCCCUUCCGUAUCUCUAGACGGAAGUAGCCGGGCCUUGUUGUUGUCACUACUACUACUGCUGCUGACAGGGGUGCGUAGCCGGGGGCUCCUCAGCGGCCCCCUCGCCCGGCCUAGCUAUGGCGCCUCAGCCGCAGCCCCCUCCUCCCCCGGCGCCGCUCCAGCCCAUGACCAGCUGCGGGCCAUGGGAGAUGCGGGAGCGCUUGGGGACCGGAGGCUUCGGCAACGUUAUCCGCUGGCACCACAAGGAAACUGGAGAGCAAAUUGCUAUCAAACAGUGUCGUCAGGAGCUCAGCCCCCGCAACAGAGAAAGAUGGUGUCUGGAAAUACAGAUCAUGAAACGUCUAAAUCAUCCCAAUGUGGUGGCUGCCCGAGAUGUCCCAGAAGGGAUGCAAAAUCUUGCACAUAACGACUUGCCACUUCUGGCUAUGGAGUAUUGCCAGGGAGGAGAUCUCAGAAGACACCUGAACCAACUUGAGAACUGCUGUGGCCUUCGUGAGAGAGCUAUCCUCAUCUUGUUGUCAGACAUUGCCUCUGCUCUCCGAUAUCUUCAUGAGAACAGGAUCAUCCACAGAGACUUGAAACCAGAAAAUAUUGUCCUGCAACAAGGAGAAGAGAGGCUAAUACACAAGAUCAUUGAUUUGGGAUACGCCAAAGAACUGGAUCAAGGCAGCCUUUGCACUUCCUUUGUUGGGACAUUGCAAUAUCUGGCGCCAGAGCUGCUGGAGCAGCAGAAGUACACGGUGACAGUGGAUUACUGGAGCUUUGGUACAUUAGCAUUUGAAUGUAUCACAGGCUUCCGACCUUUUCUGCCCAACUGGCAACCAGUACAAUGGCAUUCAAAAGUCCGCCAGAAGAGUGAGCUGGAUAUUGUUGUCUGUGAAAGCUUGUCUGGAGAAGUGAAAUUUUCUAGCAAACUGCCACACCCCAAUAAUCUGAACAGUCUUUUGGCUGAUAGGCUGGAGAAAUGGUUACAGCUUAUGCUCAAAUGGCAUCCAAGGCAAAGAGGCACUGAUCCCACGUAUGGCACCAAUGGUUGUUUCAAGGCUUUGGAUGAUAUCUUGAAUUUAAAACUGGUUCAUAUCCUAAACAUGGUUACAGGUAUUGUGCACGUGUACUCUCUAGCUGAGGAAGAGACCUUACAGAGUGUAAAAACCAAGAUCCAGGCAGAUACGGGCAUUCCGGAGCAGGACCAAGAGCUCCUGCAAGAAGGGGGGUUAGCAUUGUUUCCUGAGAAGCCAGCCAUUCAGUAUCUAGCUGACAUAAAGCUGAAUGAUGCCACAGCCACUGACACAGGCCUCUUCUUCCUGUUUGACAACCGAAAAGUUACGUACGAAUCUCAGAUCUCCCCACGGCCUCAUUCAGAAAGCAUUAACUGGAUCCUGCAGGAUCCAAACAAGAUCCUCGCCUUCUUCCAGCUGCGGAAAGUAUGGGGUCAGGUCUGGCACACAAUCCGAAGUUUGAAUGAGGACUUUAACCAGCUUCAGAAUGGUCAAAAAGCAGCCAUGAGGAACCUGCUACGGCACAACAGCACCCUUUCCAAGAUGAAGAAUAACAUGGCCUCCUUAUCCCAGCAGCUGAAGGCAAAGCUGAACUUCUUCAAAACCAGCAUCCAGAUUGACCUGGAGAAGUACAACGAGCAAAUUGAAUUUGGGAUCACCUCUGAGAAACUGCUGCUGGCCUGGAAGGAAAUGGAGCAGGCUGUAGACCUCUGUGGGAGGGAGGAAGAAGUUGAGCAGCUGGUGAAGAAGACCAUGGCCCUGCAAACAGACAUUGUAGACCUGCAGAGAACCCCACAGGGCCGGAAACAGGGGAGCUCCCUGGAUGACCUAGAGGAACAAGCAAGGGACUUAUACCGAAAACUGAGGGAAAAACCAAGAGACCAAAGAAGUAGCGGAGAUAGCCAAGAAGUAGUGCGAUUGCUACUACAGGCAAUCCAAACCUUUGAAAAGAAAGUCCGCCUCCUGUAUGUUCAGCUCAGUAAUACGGUUGUCUGCAAGCAAAAGGCCCUGGAGUUGUUUCCUAAAGUGGAUGAGGUGAUGAGCCUGAUGAAUGAAGAUGAGAAAACAGUGGUCAGGCUUCAGGAGAAACGGCAGAAAGAACUGUGGAACCUGCUGAAAAUUGCCUGUGUGAGUGAAGUGGAAAAGAGUAGCAAGGUGCGUGGGCCUGUCACGGGGAGCCCUGACAGCGUGAAUAUGUCGCGUUUUUGUAACCAUGGUCAGCUGUCACUGCAGGUCACAACCCCACACAAUUUAACAGAUUCUGGGAUUAAAAGUGAUGAGCUGCUGAUGGAGUCUCAAAGCCUCUGCAAUCAGCUGGAGAGUGUGAUGCUUGACACAAUGAAGGAUCAAGAGCACCGCCUUACGAAUUUGGACUGGAGUUGGCUGAAACUUCAAGCAGAAGACAGACAGAAUCCAGAGCAAACCCAGAUGUGAAGAAGGCUUUCAUGAUGGUGAACAUGUAUUACUAUAGCUGCUUUCUUGAGGAGAAAGCUGUACUUUUUGCUUACUGAUAACGACACCAGUUGUGUAUUUGACUCUUAAGCCGUCUGUAAAUAAACUAUUGUUUUUCUGUA